AUGGUAAUGCUACAACAUACUGAACCUGACAGCCAAAGGAUGCAAAAGCGGCAUCCAUCUCAGGGAAACCUGGCCUUCAGAGAUGACAGCAUUCGGCCUCAGGAAGAGCCUGGAAUUCGUCCUCAGUCUUCCCAGCUUGCGCUGCCCAUGGGGAUACAGGAUAGUAAGGAGCGAAACAGAACCUGCUGCCUGAAUGCGGAAACCUGCAUGCUGGGGUCCUCUUGUGCCUGCCCCUCCUCCUUCUACAGACAGAACUCUGAGCAUGAUGUCAGCAAAGAGAACUGUGGGUCUGUGCCCCAUGGCACCUGGCUGCCAAAGAAGUGUUCCAUGUCUAAAUGCUGGUAUGACCAAUUCCACUGCUUUCCUCAGGCAUUUCUACCUGGCUGUGAUGGCCCUGUGAUGGAUGAGCACCUCAUGGCUACCAAGACUCCAGAACUACUACUGUCUGCAUGUAUCAUAUUUAAAAUAAUGAAUACUUUUCCAUAA